GUUUGGGGCGGACUUCUACACAGUUGUAACGUGAGGUGUUGUCAUAUGGGUUGCCUCCUGUUAGUCUCCACGCGGCAAGAAGUUGGGACGGAUUUGUAGCACAUACGUCUAACAAAAUUCGUCUACACGCAUAUAGGAACAUAGUAAGAAAGGCGAUUCAGUAAGACGCACAAAAGAAUCAAAACUCACCACAUUGAACGGCUGUAUCGCGCAUCUUCGGACCACCACGUUGUCCGGACUCCCUGAUCGCCUGCGUUUUCACAUCCUCCAUCUGUCUGCAUGUUUGUUUAAGGGCCUCGUUCUCUGUCUUGACUUUCGUCAAUUCAGCCUUUAAUUCGUCAACCAUAGUUUCAAAAAGUUUGGUAGUUUCGGCGACAGUACUCUUCACGACACUCUCUAUGAAGGAGGUGUACUUCGUUUGAAAAUCGUCCGUUGACAUCGUAUUAUGUUACUAUUUAGCGUGAGUUAGGAAUUGCGGGUUCACUUUUAAAGGGUAUUUUGAGUAAGGUUAAUCGAAAUGUCGCUUGACGACCGUCGUCAACAUGGCCUCCGUAACCGUAGCCGCUUUGUUUGUGUGACGCACAUAUGCUGCGUUCGUCUCUGUCGACGAGAAACGCGCAUGCGCGGCAGUCUAUAAUACAUUGUCGGUUUUGCUCAUUAACCCUGAUUCAGAAAACCAUUGAUGUGUAUAUGGCCUCCGAAGCCACCAAAUAUCUAAAUUUGUAUCUGUAAUGCCCACUUAGUAGCACACAUGUAUUCACCUGGAAGGAAAAUGACGCAAUAUUUGUUUAAUAUGUCCUAACUCCCUUGCCGUAGUUAAAAUCUCCGAAGUACAUUUGUUCACACACGGAACCUCGAAGAAAUUCGUUUGCUGCACAAAAACAAUAACAACAGGUGAUAGCGGGAUUUUUAAAUAGCCGGUAGUUAUUUUGCAUAGAAAACCGCGAAUAUCGUAACCAUAUGUAUCAGGAAAAAAGUCACGGUUACUGUUUGUCAUCUGGAACUGUUUGACAAAAUAUCAAGCUAACGUACGUUAGCUAAUUACACUGAAAACUGUGUUGAAGGCUUGAGGUGAGACUCAGUUGCUGCACCAGUUUCUCUUCGGGUUGCUAGUAGCUGCGAUAUGGCAGACCCACUUGGAACAUUUCAGUCCCAACUUUCAAGGGUAAUGGAAACGGUGUUCAAAGCUGCCAUGUAUGAGAUCACUAGACUUGUGGAGGACAGUUUUAUGGAGGAGGUAACACGCUGUAGGGAGCAAGUUGAGUCUUUAAAGAGGAGACUGAAGUGGUCCGAGAGCCGACGCAAAGAGGUGCGCGACGAAGAUGAGCUGAGGUUGGCUGACUACGAAAGACUCGAGAUGUUCAACGAAGAGGAACCGAAAGCGCUUCAAUCAGAUUUAACUCUAAAGCAAGAGAAUGGACUGCAGGAACAUAUGAAUAGCCACAAAGGAACUGAUGAACAAACAUCUAGUUCUGAAAUGGAGGCCCACAGUGGCCUGAAGGCAUCACAGUCCUCGUAUGUGCAAACUCUAGACAGAGUGCUCAAGGAGGAAACCCUUCACCUAACAACAGAAGCCAAGGAGUCUGAGGAUUUAGAUGAAACUGAGUGCUCCCAACUCCCGGGACCAAGUAAACACUCUAGAUUCCAGAGAUUUCCAAAGUCUCACUGUAAAGCUGGCUUGGACCAGAGGCUGCAAUCAACACACAAUGUUGACUCUGGUGAUCAAUCUGAACCACUUUUGCAGAACAGGCAUGUCACGAAAGACUCAGGUGACUUUAAAAAGACUGACUAUGGAGUCACUAGCAUGAUGUACAAUUUGGAUGAAUUACACGGAUCCUCAUCACAGCUGAGCAAUGACCUGACUUAUAUGAGCCACUAUGAAGGCAACACAGAAACACUAGAGGAGGCUAAGGAUCAAACAUUCCAAACAGUUGAACCAAGACUUAACAAGGGAACAGCGGGGUCAGAUGCAGGGUCACCCACAAGGACUAACACAGAUUUAAUAGAGUUUAGUUGUUUAUUGAUCAAUGAGGAAGGAUACAUUCUGAAUCAAAACCAGAGCCUCGUGUCCCCUGCACAUGCUUCGAGUGAUUCAGGUGGCAGACUGAGCUUCCAGGACCAAGGCAUUCACAUUGACAAAUCUUUGGACAGUCCGGCAGAUAUGUACGAGCCCUCAAAUGUAUACCAUGCUUGUGAUACUACACAUCUUAGUGGGCGACUUCAGGUUCAGACAGCAGGAAAAGGAAGUAGGAGGCACAUUUGUAACCAGUGCUCUCUGUACCUUUCCUGAUUCUGCUGCUCUUAAGGCUCACAGGCAAACACACAGAAAUAUUGGGCCAAGGGCCACCAUACUCCUGUGAGCAUUGUGGAAAAACAUUCACUCAAGCCUGUAACCUCAAAGUCCACCAGAAGAUCCAUUCAG